AUGGCAAGCCAGAAAAACAUUGUCACCCCUGAAGAGUACCAGGCAGCUCGGUCCCAGCUUCUCCAGCAGGAGAAAGCAGCAACUCGCCAGCUCGAGGAGCUCGCAAGGUUGCGCCGAGAGCUUCCCAUGGUGCGCAUCCACGAUCCACAUCGGUUCCAAUUCGACACACCCGACGGGGUGAAGAACCUGCGAGAUCUAUUCGAUGGACAUAAGCAGCUGAUACUGUACCAUUUCAUGUUGGGCCCCGGGGAGACUCAUGUCUGCGUGGGUUGCUCGUUCUGCAUGGACCAUAUCGCCGACCUCCGGCAUCUGAAGAGUAGAGAUACCUCAUUCGUUGCUGUAGCCACUGCGCCGUUGUCUGAAAUCACUGCCUACCGGGAUCGAAUGGGUUGGAACUUUCCUUUCUAUAGUUCGGCGAAAACGCACAAGGCAUGGGCGGAAGCUGAAGCACAGGGCGAAGCCAUCACCUGGAAGCCCGGGAACGGCUACUUUGGCCUGUGCUCGUUCUUUCGCGAUGGUGAUGAGGUAUUCCACACAUAUGAGACAACAUCUCGCGGUUUGGAGAUCAUCCUGUCGACUUAUCACCUGUUGGACAUGACCCCUCUGGGUCGGCAGGAGGUGGGAAAUGGAAUGAACAACUUCCGCCGCCAUGACGAAUACUAA